GGUCGAUCGCGCAAACGCACAAAGUAUUAGAAAAAGUGGGAUCGAAUUUUUUGAGUUGUUCGAAUCGUUAAUUUGCGCGAUAUUUCGAUUUACAAUGGACGUGUAGACAACUGAACAGUCAGUGACUUUCUCUUGUUAUAAUUAGUGCUCUGUUAACAACGUGACUUGUGAACAAAUAUUUUUCCGUCAUAAGAAAUCGACAAUCCAAGAUGGCAUUGGGGUGGGAAUCCCUGCCUCUCCUCCCACUGCGGUGUGUGAUGGACCACCUGAGUCUGGCCGACACCCUCACAGCCACAGCUGUCUGCCGCAACUGGAGGAAUGCGCUGAUUAUGUUUGAGGGACACAGAGACUUAGUUCGCCUGCAAACAAAGCAGACAGAGAAAAACCUGUUCCUCGCGCGACUCUUCAGGAGGAACGUCACGAAACUUCACGUCCACAUCGACUGCGAGGGUGAGCAGCUCGACAAGUUCUUCAGCAUCGUACUGCCCGAAUUCUUCGACUCAGUGAAACUAGAGGAAAUAAUAUUCAUCGGACCAAGCUACUUACAGCACAAUUACAGAUUGUCUCCAGCUAAACUAAACAGGGUAGUGACUGAGAGUCUUGUGUUCAAAAAUUCGCACUGCAUAUCGAAUCUGGCUCUGUUCUGGUGUGAGAUGGACGCGGCGAAUGACAACGAUAGGUAUAUGCACGAACAGAUAGAAUACUACAGUCGUCCGCUGUCGUUCGACGAGAUGCCCUCAAUCGCGGACAGCGUGCUGUCGCGGAGCAACUCCAGCCUCAUGGUCUUCUCCACCUUACAACACAUAGCAGUGGACUAUGACUACAUAAACACGUCAGCGCUGGAGACGCUGUCCCACCUGCCAUUGUUCAGCCACCUGUCCCUCGUCAUAUCCGAGCGAGAAGCUAUGCAGCCACUGCGCUGGGACCACAUCGCGCCCUGCUACCCUAACGGGCUGGACGUCUCGCUUCACAUUGUCUCGUUGCCGUUUCGUAAAUUCAGCGAGGUGAUAGACAACGUUCUACUCGAGGGAAUGUGUCUGAUCUCCAUCAAAGUAUACUUUUGUAAAACUCUGUACGCGCCGCUGCUGACUGCCCUGGUCCGCUACAAGCACAGCCUCCGCGAGCUGGUGUGGGCGGACUGCCCUUACAACCAUAUGGACUCCUACCACCGCGUCGUCAAGAAUCUCCAAUACCCACAAAUUGACGCUUGCAACAUCAAUCCAUUUAUAUUGCUAUGUUGGCAAUGCGUCAACCUGAGGAGGCUUGUCAUACACGGUUACUGGAUAUGGCAGUACGACGUGCUAGGUUUCGUGCGCCUGCGCAACACGCUGCAGCAGCUGGAGAUCUCGGCCAUCUACGCCAAGCGGACACGCUUCCAGAGCAAGCAGGCGCCGCCCGACGUGGCGCUGCGGGUGCUGGAGCGGGACGCGCCCGGGGUCGUGCAGCAGCACUAUGUGCAGCAAAUCAACCAGCUGACAGAAUUCGAGUGGCUCCCUCCCUCCUGGUCGUCACUUCACCGUGCGCUUCAAGCUCGCUCCACACCACCACAACGCGCUGAAUACAUUUCUAGCGAGGUCAUGCGUCCUGUGCCGCCACCAGUGCAAUCCAUUAUGUGAACAACUAAUGCAAGACAGAGAAGAUAAAAGGAGACAAUAAGAAAGAGAAGCAGACGCAUCAGCGAACAACAAAAUUAUAAACGAAGUAAGAAAGAGUGUACUUCUUGAUUCUUCUUCUAGAAGGAGCAAAAGAAGAUCUACGCGAUUGAAUUCUUAUUAUCCAAGUAAGUGGAGAAUGACUGCUAGAUCGAAUACUUUGAUGAGUUAGCUUAUAUUGGUUUUAAAAAAAAACAUUUAUACUGCCAUACGACCUUUUAUAUGACAAUCUUCUACACCUUUUAUUGCGAUCCACCUUAGGACGCUAGGGUUGGUGAAGACGGUAAACGUCCACUUUUCAAACCGAGCGAUUAUAACGCUUAAGUUUUCAUUAGGUUAUGUAAAACUCCUGAAUUAGAACAAAAAUGUAAAUCUGUUCGAUUUAAAUUUUGAAUUUAUUUGUUCUUAAAAAAAAAACAAUCGGUACCGAUAAAACCAGCCUGUAAUAAUUUAUUUUUUACGAUAUAGGAUAACUUAUCAAAGUCGUAUAUAAUAUAAGCUAUAACUGCGUGAAGACGAUACAAUCCCACUAAAAAGUAUAUCUAAAUGUGGACAAGUGGUGACUGAAAAAGUCUAUUCCAAUCUCAACUAUAAGGACUUGUUUCGACUUCGAAAUGUAAAAAAAAUACUAUCUAAUAGUUUUUGAUAAAGAUAAGGGUUGAUGGAAUGUCGUAUAUGGUUGUUUGUGGUUACUUUCAAUAUUAAUAGUGAGGUUAAAUCCCUCAUAACGGGUGCGAAGUUACAUUGUCCUAGGUCAAAUGUCAAUACAGACAUGGCUUUAUUAUACGAAAAUAUGCCAUAAUGAGGAUAAAAACUACAAGCUUAAAUGUUGACGGCAGCACUGUUGAGUGUUCCUAAAUUUUGACAGUUCUUCAUACUGUCCAGGUAAAAUUCGCGAUAAAUUUCUAUAAAAAUGUGAAGCAACAUGGAGUGUCUCCCGUAUGAAGGAUGAGUUACGAAAAAGAAAAGCCAUCAAUUAGUUUUUCUAAGUUUCUUCUUUCCGAUCUUUAGGGAAUAAAUAUAACGGUUUGAGUUUCCAGUUCAACGCUACGCAAAGAGUUACGGUGUAAAAAGAUAACCAAAACAAUAUGUUUGUUUACUCAAAUAGUACGUGGAACUGUCAAAAUUUAAGAACACUCAACAGUAGCGACACCUGAUGGGAGAAAUAGACAGUUUUUAUUCUCACUAUCAACGCAAAAGAUUUACAUUUAUGACUUCCCAUAUCGCUGUGAAAGACUGACAGUAAUAGUUGUCUACUCUAUGGCGACCGCUUGCCAUAACUAUAAAAGUGAAGUGAAGAUUAAAGGACCCUAUUGCCAUAACCUAUAAAAAGUAUGAAUGCGAUGUUUUGCGCUUAUAUAAUCCUGGUUAUGCCGAACGUAACUGAGGAAGACAAUAAAAACCAGGCUGAACAUGGUUCACUGGCCACUGUCGUAUAAUAUAGCAGGGAAAGCUCCUUUCUUCCAUUAAAUAAUCCAUUAUUUUCAUCCUUUCUUCCAUAAUAUUUACCACCACGCAGGGUUUGCUUGAAGAGAUCUCUUUUAGAGAUAAGCCAACCUUAUGUUAUAUGUGCUUAUUGUCUUGUUUUCCCUUGCUAUGUGUACAAUUAAUAGUAUAUAAAGCCUUGUUUGUCGACAGUUUUUUGUACAGUGUAAAACAGUUUACAGAUUAGGUAGAUAAAGUACCGGGGUGGUUAAAAAUGUCACAUCGAAACAAUUCAUCUGAAAAAAGCAACAUCGCAAUGCAAAUGCAAAAAUUACAAAUGGCAAUAUUGCUUUUUUCGAUGAAUUGCUUCGUUAUGACCUUUUUAAUCCCCCUGGUGUGGAUUCGGGCAACCAUCUAAUUUGACGGGACUAAAACUAGCAUCUCCUUCUGGCACGUAUUGUAAGUGAAGGAUAGCAAUAAUUUAACGGCUGUCAAACUGAUAAUUGAUAUUUUUCUUCAGUAUUAAUAUUAAAAGGUAACAAAGGGGGUAGGUAAAAUGUAUAUUAUUUUAAAAUAUGUAUUUCUUUUUUUAAAAUGUUUAGUAAAACAUGUCUUAGGUAUAAGUCAUGAUAAAUAGAUAAAUGUUUAAAAAAUAUACUUCAAUGGACCGUUUAAAAUUUAUUAUUGGAAGUGUUUAGUAGAUUUGCACUUUAGUCUGAAUAUGGCCUAAGCGUUUCGAUUUGAUCGGAGUUUAUCGAAUUAUGUUACUUUAAUAGUACAGGUUUUGUAUUCCUGAGACGUAGAUAUUGCUCAAAGAUUUAUAUUUUUACAUCUAGAAUGCCAUAGAUUCUCAUAGUACUAAAAACAGUUUAAAAUGUGUUUGUUUUUGCAACUAAUCAGUACAAAGUAUCAAAGUGGAAAGGAGUGGAAUCCUCUGCCGUCUUCUGUAUUUUCGAAUGCAUAUAACCCGGGUGCUUUCUAGGCCAGAGUGAACAGGCACCGUCUGGGGCCAAGAGCAAACUCAUCAAAGGUAAAAAAAGUCUUGGCAUUUUAACUUGAAAGAUUUUAUACAUUUUAGAUAAUGAUUAUAAUAUUUUUGCAUGACGAUACAUAACAUCACAACAAUACGGCUGUAUCUGUUAUUUUUUCAGACAGAAUUGGUUCUAAUAACCGCUCGGAACACAAAACCUGUACAUAUUUAAAAUACAUCAGAAAUAUGAAUCACAAGUAAUCAGAAUAUAGUGCUUUAAUCGAAAUAUUACGAAGUUCCUCAAUAAAACAUUGAUUAGUCAACUUACGCGCCAAUUACUUUGAAAUAUUUUUACGAGUUGUGAUUGCAAAAUUAUAUUUUUUAUGAUUAGCUCUGAUGUGAGGUAAUUGGUAAAUCUCAUUUUUUUUUGUAGAUGAAAAUAUAUAAUUAAGACUUAUGUGAAGCAGGACAGAAUAUAAAACAUUUGAAGAUAUUAUAAGGUUUGUUGCGUGGAUACCUUUUGAUCUUUUAAAUAUAUUUUUUUUGUAUCAUAGAGUAGAAUAUCAAACAGAUUUCUUUUAAAUAUUUUCUUAUGUUUUAAUCAGCCUGCGUCUGUUGCGAAUGUAAUAUAUAUAAUGUUAAUAAUUAUAUUGCACAUUUAUAAUGUAUGUGGUAAUAUCGCAUGUAAAUAGCUUAAAAUACUUUAUCCUAUUAAGUAUUAACAAUGAUGACAAGUCAAAUUUAAAAAAUAACGAAAUCUUGACCGUCUAUGGAGAAUAUAUAGGACUAAAUCGUGACAAAGUCAAUUUCCACCAAACAUGAUAUAUUAUUGGAUAUCUGUAUUUAUCACGGAAUAGAAGAAAGAUGUUGGAAGGGCCAAGUGAGCGCAAAACGCGCGCCAUACAAGUAGGAACAAAUAGUUCAUACUUCAACUUUGCACUCCACUCGUCUGCAAACUUACUAACGCACGGAGCUCCGCGAUAGUAUAUUAAAAGGUCGUCUUGUGCAUAAUAACUGCAGGGCAAAAAAACAAAAAUUUACUAUCAUGCGAGGACAUCCCUCCUUAUCACAGGAAAGCUAAAAACCUUAGUAUGACCGGCUAUUUAAAAAAAAAAUACUAUUGUGCGCAGUAUCUUAAAAAAAUAAUGAUACAAUUGCAGCUUAUCACAUAAAAUAUAUAUUGCCGGUAAAUUGGCUAUGGAAUUUGAGAAUCAGUGGAGCUAUCGUAGUGGUCUGUUUGCAGGAGUAGUAGUAAAAGAGAGCGGGAACCGGUAGCAUGUGCGACUGCGGUUCUCAUAUUAAAUGCGCGUUUUGGGUCUUUCCAUCCCCCGAUACCGACUCCGCCGUCGUGGUCGACGAUUUCCCUCAUUCAGCGCUUAUUGCUAUCGACCCACUAGGGUCGAUUAAUUCUUUCAAAUAUUUUUCCUCUCAGACGACGCCCUGAGCCGAGGUUCGCGCGCAACUGGGCACCCUCAGGCCUAUUGUCUUAAACGUUGUACCGGGUGAGAGCCUUCAGCGCUCCCCAUUUGUCCGGCCAAGUAGUUAAUGCCAUCUGCGGCAAAUCUACAAUAAGUCACGUCAAAAAAAAAGGUCUUUCCAUCCUCUUUAUUCUAUCUCGUGGUAUUAUAGUAGUUGAUAUUGAUAUACAAAUAUAAUAUUUGUUAAAUUCCCACCUGAAUAUAUUCAACGAUAAAAUAAUAACAGUUUAUAAAUACAGACGAAAUGAAAGCGAAUCGUACGUGAAUUUUUGUAGUAAAUAGUAUUCUAAUAUAAAAAGCAUUGAGAAAGGCCGAAUGAUAUGUUACUGGCAACAUCUCUCAAAAAUCGCGAAUUUAUCAUCUAGUUGUAAUAAGUGCAAUGUUGAAGGUAAUAAAUAGCGGGGACCGGAAUAAUGUUAUACUUUUUGUAAAGAAAACUUAUACGAACGUAAUUCUAUUAAUUGUUCACAAACACAAAUAAUGGUACUGGCGUUUCCGGCCCCGUUUUUAAAAAAAGAACAAUCUCACGCCAAAGGCAAAAUAUGAGAAGGUAACUGCAGCACAAGUCCUAAACGAUAGCAAACUAUCUUAAUUUGGCAUCGCGUUUAUGACUUGUGAGCCAAAUUGUAGCAAGAAAAAGUAGAUUUUACAUCGUAAACAAUUAACAAAUAGCGCACAAUGAACCAGUACUGUUUAAAUUCUAAAUAACGACAGCGAUGUGCGAUAUCUGAUAUGAUAUAAUGGCCCCGAUUCCUGCAGACACCUCGUAAUUUUACUUAAAGUUAUACCCGUCAUUCUCUUAUCGCCCCAAAAGGAAAGGGACGGAUGAUUUACAACUGUUAACUUUAAAAUGAAUGAAUAACCCGGGCGAAUAAAAUAGGCAUCUCGCUGAUAUGCAAUACGUUUGACGUGUGCUGUCAACUUAAUUCUGUCGGGUUGCUGAUCAGUAUAACAUUUUGGCAGGGUUUUUUAAAUUUCGAUUGCCCGUCGCUUUCCUUCACGGCGAAUAAGAGAAUGACAAGUAUAACUUAAAAUAAAAUUAGAUGGUGCGUACAGGAAUCAGUACCAAUUGCUAUGUAUUUGUACUUUAGCUAGAAAGCUUUACCUUGCGAUAAAAUCGACUUAUGACUUAUAUCUUUUGGUGUGACGUUAUGUAGGUAACCAUCUAGUCAGGGAUCCGUAUUACUGUAAAUAUAUUAGACCAAGAUGCGUACGAUACGGGUCCAUUAAAACAUUGCACAAAAUAAGAACGAAGUAUUACAAAUACAUAUUUAUAUCAUCCUGUAUAGCUUUAAGACAAGUAUGUCGCGAUACUGUAUAUGAUACAGUCGUUUUAUAUGAAGUGCCACUCUGCUAUUGCAACAAAGAAAGAACUAGUUUUUUUUUUCAACUCGCGAAGUGUAAAGAAACGAAUGUAGUGUUGUUAUGAUAAAACUAUUAUUGUGAUCACCGAGUGAAUAAUACAGACUUAUUUAGUUAAAAUUUAAGAUCAAAUUGUUAUGCGACUAAAUAAUAAAGUAAUAUAAUACUACUUAAAAAUGGAGUCGAAAAUAUCGAAAUAAAACGUAUAAAAUGCAGACCAUAAAAUUUUAAAUAUCGAAUAAAUAAGCUACUUAAUUUCAUGUUAGUUUGAAGACCAUAAUAUAUAGAAAAUACAAAACGAUAACUUGAUAAUAAAUGACUACAUAUUCUUUUAAAAUAUAAUUUUAUAGUUUACCGAGGCAAAGUUUAGUUUUUAAUUAAAAUUUACUUUUGAUCUGAAUUUAGCACCAAGCAAACUGAAUAUUCUGAUAAUUCAGAGGACGUAUUUUAAUCAGGACAGCGAAAAAGAAAAAUACUUAUCCAAAAAUACAAGUAUCUUUAAUAUUUUACUUUUGAUAUCUUUUUAACUUGGUUUAGUCACAUAAAAAAAUAAGUAGUCUGUAUAUAGUCGCCUUGUAGUGAUAUUACAUGAGCGCCUUUUUGAAAAAUAAUAACGAUUUUUUUUCAAUUUAUUUCUUUCUUUCAAUCCGACCGAAUAUUUAUACCUUAUUUUUUUAUCUGCGACAUUUUGUUAUCACAAAUCACACCCGAAUGUAUUUUUUUAAAUAGAUGUUUACAAGGUUUUCUCUAUAGGUUGACAAUAUAUGUCCUACUGCUGGGCACAGGCCUCCCUCUUUCAACCGUAAGUGGUAUGGAGGGUAUUCCUCAUAGGGUUUAUUUCACUGCCACAUAAAAGGUUUUGCUAUUUCUUCCAUAAAUCUGUUCACUCCGAAAGACCUUUUAUGACAAAUCAGUUUGCUUGGAGCUACCAUAAAAUCCAAUCCGUCCCUUGCGUUCUUUGCAUUUGAAAUAUUUAGACUGAUCCGCUUAUUAAAUUAUGUUGUCAACAAAACCGCCACACUUUAUUUUUUUACUAGUCAUUUGCAAAUUAACAUCACCAGUCGUCACCUGGAUAUCUAAAAAGGUUGCAACGGAACAAUUGAUUUAAAAAGCAAUAUUGCUAUGUGACAUUUACGCAUAUUUAAAAGUAAGCGCGGAAUGUUAGCAACUAUCAAAUGGCAAUAUUGCUUUUAUAGAUGAAUUGCUUCAAUGUGGCCUUUUGACCCCCGUUAUGAUUUCGUGAUACAAAUUUUAUUACAGGAAAUAAUUGUAAUGCCGCAAAAAAUAGGUAUAUAAACAACUAUGUAUAAAAUAUGUUCGUAUUGUAAAGAAGUUAAAUGCAAAUUUUAUAAUCAUACAUAAAAAUGUCACGCACAAAAAUUGUGAUCCUAAUUAUGCAUAAAUGCCAAACAAGUAACUUGUCGUUGAACUACAGGAAUGUCGUUUAAAGUGUUGUUGUAAGAAAAAUACUUGAGGUUUUAUUUUUGUGUACAAAUACACAUUGUGCCAUCAUUUUUCACCGUUGAGGUGCUCUUUUGUUCAAUAAAAUCCUGCGUGACCCGUGGUACAACUGCUUGGUAUAACUCGCCGUACCACAGGGAUGUAUUCUCCCGAUGGGCCAAUCGUCCGAUGGUACAACUAAACAGGAAAAAAUAAAUCAAGGGCCAUAGUAUAGAGAACGAAGUCAAUGAAGCCAUUCUAUAAUAAUGAUAAGGCUUUGUCUGUUUCCACUACCAGCAUAUAUUGAUUGUUCCAUAGGGAAUGUGUUUAGUUGUACCAAAAAAUCCCUAUGGUACGGUCACGAGCAUUAAUAUGUAUACACUUUGGUACCAUGUCACAUUAACUUUUGUGACAAAUUGAACUGUAAGUCUCACUAAAUGUCAAAUAUGUUAGUGCGACAGAGUCCUAAAGUGGGUACAUUAUAUUGCUCAUGACUGUACAACCAGUUGUACCAAGUGGUUGUACCACGGGUCACACAGGAAUAAAAUUAAUAAUGUGGACAAUGGAUAUAUAAUACUUACACACUUACAGAGGUGACUUAUGCCGCUUAUUUGAACCAGGCCAGUACUUUUUACGUCUUGUUCAAGCCAUGCCAUCAUUACAGUUUUUCAAACGGCAUUUCUGUACUCACGCAUCCAAAAAUGUUACAAAUUCCAAAGUAUUACUAAUUCUUCAUGUCUUCUCAAACUUCUUACAAGGCCGAUAUGUAAUUAUAUACUUAAUUUUAAAAACUAUAUUAAACAUAAAGCUUGACAUAGUGAGUAGUUUUAAGUGAACCUUUAAAGAGAAUUGUAGGAAAGUUAAUCACAUGAAGUGUACAUAUAAAAAUGGUUUCCUUCAAAUAUUUUUUAUGAUAUUUAUAAUCGUGAGACAACAAUAUAUUUUGUAAGGCAACGAAGAGACUUACCAACAUACAUUCCCUGAGACUGAAACGUAUAGAAGAGGCUAAGAUCAAACAACAAUACGUUACAAAGUAAUAGUAAGAACAAGAACAUAAAUACUUAUGACUAUAUGAACUAGUGGACGAUAUUCAUAUUAUAUUAAAUUUCAUAUUCCUUCGCGGGUUGUAUUUAAGGUCAGACAGGCAGUCGUUUCUGUAAAAACCGGACCUGUCAAAUCGCAUUUGUUUUUUGAAAGAAGACACUAGACAGUAACUGCUGCUCCCAUAAAUGUAAAUAAAGUAUUUGACUGAAAAAUGAUAAAUAUAAUCUAAUCUAAGAUGAACAAAAAUCAAUCUCAUUUUACUUUUCGACUUAUUUCCCAAUUUUUUUAUGAAUUAAGUAAGAAUGAGUACGACGUUUGACCGUUUUUAUUGAUGACGUCACAGGACAGUAUUUCCAUACAAACUUCAAAGAAAACUUUCGUUUUGAGGUUUCGUAAAGAGUAUCACAUUUGACUAGGUUGUCAAGUAGCCUAUUAGAUAAAACUUCGGCCUGGGAAGCAUAUCUCAUCUGCAGUGAUUUGCAAUAACAUAGCAUCAUGCCUAUAUCCUCGGUGCGUUAGGCAGAGGUGUGUAUACAUAACUACUCCUGGCCAGUUAUGUUGGGGUCCUAUAUAAUAGGAACGAGCCUAUUGCCAUAACACAUGAAAAAAAAAAAACUAUUUGCAAUACUGACUAUCGUCCACUAUUUCAUUUAAAUUUUAUUUUACUUGACUAAUAUACAAAACAUCGUAUUAUUAAGUGAAUGCACACGGAUUUCAUUCCCGCCUCUUGUUUUAUUGUUAUCAUUAAAAACUCUGUCCUAUGCGUAUAUUAUACAUAAAGACAACACAAAUACAAGCUUUAACAUCAUCAAAACUUAAAAAUAAGGACAAUAGUAACGUUUAAUUAUUAAAAGGUCGUAAGGGACUUAAUCGCGAACAGAGUGACAUUUUCGGCGGAAAAUUCCACUUGAUAUUAACUCAGAAUCAUGAGCUGAAUCACCGUCCUCAGUUUUCGUUACGAUGUCGCUAACACCCUGUAUAUAUACAUAUAUUAAAAUAAUAUAUAGUUAUAUAUCAGCCUAAACGUCGAGGUAAAUACUAAAUAUAAAAAUGUGUCUGUUCGUGAUUCAGCCCUCUUAGUAAUGUUGUACCUAUUCGUAACUAAAUACAUAAGCUUGCAAUAAUAUUUUUGAGUGAAGUAUUUGGGUAGAAAUUGCUAUAAAAAUACUUAGUAAACUUACAAGGAGUCGACGUGGACCUUUACAGUUGCUGUUAUGCAAAUAAAAACUAUAAUGCAACAACAUAAAAUGAUAUGACAAUAUGUCACUAGUAGUGACUCACUGCUUAAAAAAAUUAAGUUUCAACUAAUAAGUUUAAAAUCUAUAUUUCAUCCACCCCUCCUCCUUCCUUUAUUGAGGAUAAAAUAUAGAUUUGACUUACGGAAGAAAGAUACGUGGUCCACAUCAUUGUAUAAGAAGAUCAGGUAUGCUCAAAAGUGACAGCUAUCAUUUCAAGGUUAACCCAGCUGACGUUAUCCGAAGCUGCGUUGCCAUUUAGUAAAAAAUAAAUUACCCACGACCAUUAUUUUUAUAUUAACUAUGCAAGGAAAUUUUGAACAUUUAGUAAAAGAGUUACUUACAAUUUUAAUGAUUUUUGUAUAAUUAUGUGACAAGUAGUAGUAAUUAAAUACAUUAGUCAGUAAUUCACUUAAUUUUCAAUAAUGAAAAAUAUAAUAAACGUCCUUGGAAUAUUGGAGAUACCAAUUUAAUGGUAACACAGUGGUAAGAGAUACGCCAUCAAAGGGCUAGCAAUGGCGGCUUGUCAUAGGAUUGAGCAUACCUGGUUUUCUUACACCAUGGGCCACAUUUCGGCUCUAAACGAAAGUAAAACAAGUCGGAAAAUAACGCGUUUCUGAUAAUUAUUUAUAUGAAAAUAUUUUGGAUUUGACAUUUUAUAAACAUUAAUCGUAUCGUAUCAAAUGUUUCAUCGUAUUCUACACGUAGUUUAACGAUCAUCGUUCAAAAAACACUACGUAACAUUUGAUGUGCCGUUAGCAACAUUUAAAACGACUCAAUGAGGGACUCUCCUACGUUUCUCAAAAGCAAUACAGAUGGCGCUGCAAAGAUUUCCCUUCGUUUAUUUGUAAUUUCAUGGAUAACAGACAUAUGCAUCUUUUAUCUUCGUUUUUGGGUAUAAACGAUGAACAAUGUAAAAACGAUUCUAUCCCACUCAGACACAAUUAUAUCUUCCACCCAUUAUUAUUCUGAUCAAAAUAAAGAGAAGCAAUGUAGGUAACAAUUAUAUACCAUAUCUGAUCCAAAUAUCAAGCCAUAAUAUAUGGCUCUGCCAUUAAAUAAUGUUUUUGAAUAAUUAUGUACGGUUACUAGCAUUAUACAGGGUGUUAGUAACAUCGUAACGAAUACUGAGGGAGAUGAUUCAGGCCGUGAUUUAGAGUUAAUAUCAAGUGGAAUUUUCGAUCGCAAAAGUAUGGAACGGAAAAUAAUUAAAAAGAACACUAAAAUUUUCAGGAAUUUUCCGACAGGAAAUUCCACUUGAUAUCAACUCAGAAUUAUAGUCUGAAUCAUCCCCUUCAGUAUUCGUUACGGUGUUACUAACACCCAUACCUACUUGUAUGGCUACCGUAUGUACUUGUAUGGGGUGUAAGUGUCAUCGUAACGAAUACUGAGUGGGUGAUUCAGCUGAUUAUUCUGAGUUAAUAUGAAGUGGAAUUUUCCAUCGCAAAAGUAUAAAAUUGAAAAUAAUUAAAAAAAAAACUAAAAAAAAAAUCGUGAAUUUUGCGACGGAAAAUUCCACUUAAUAUUAACUCAGAAUUAUGGUCUGAAUCAUCCCCCUCAGUAUUCGUUACGAUGUCACUAACACCCUGUAUAUACACUUUUUUGACAAAUUGAACUGUAAGUCUCACCUAAUGUCAAAUAUGUUAGUGCGACAGAGUCCUAAAGUGGGUACAUUAUAUUGCUCAUGACUGUACCUGAGCAAUGAGAAAAUAGGUAAUUAUCACGUUAAAUGUGAACAGCGCCAUCUAUAUUGUUUUUGGAGAACGUACCCUGGAAAGUACCUCAUUAUUGUCAAUGAACUAAAUAAAAUAGGACAGAGUCAAGAAUCGACUAACCAAGACUUCAUAAAGGCUGUGAAACAACUUGAAUUCGGUUUGGCGGGUGAUCUUAUGAUAAAAAAAAUAUCACUUAAAUGAUAGGGACGAAUUUUUGUAAUAAAUAGAUACUUAUGCAUAUAAAAAUCCUUACACAAUGGAUAAUCUUGGAAAAUAUAGCUUGAAGCAUUUUAUAAUACGAAGACAAUGUACUCGGGGCUCAAAGAGCGAGAAAUAAACAUUCGUUUGUACUAGUUCCUAUGUGUAAAACUCAGAUUGAAAAUAAUAUGGAUUCAGAAGUCAUAUUUGGCUAAAAUAUGUAAAUAAUACAGUUAAUAAAGCUCUCUUCAUUCGAUUAAGUGUGAACACAUUUCGGUAUUUGACAAAUUAGCGAAAAUUAAUCAGACUACUGCUGCACAGAUCAUAAAUAUUUUUAAGGAGCUGGUAUGUUAAUUGAAAUGUAGUUCGGAGUUAGAAAAAUCUUGUAAUACAAUAAUAAAGUCACAACGACCGCAAACUUCUUUAACAAAAAGCCAUAUAAUAUAUAAAUGUUAUUAUAAUUAUGUAAGUGUAAAUAUUUUAACUUAAACAUUGCGUUUAUGAUCCGUUCGGCAGUUUUUCUGAAAUUCGUUUAUAUGUCCUAACUACUCUUUGUAUUUUACACCACUAAAUCUAUGAUAUUAUUGAUCUGAGUUCUAACUAAAGCCAUAUUAACCAACGUGUGAGGAAUAAUUGCUGAACCGAAUUGCCUAGAAUUAGACCAAAAUUGUUGUACUUAUCCAUCUAAUAGUGAUAAAAAAGGGAAUGUCAAAGGAGAGUUAUGGAGAUAUUGUUAUAACAGCUGUUAUGUAUGUGAGUUGAAGGUCCACUUUAUAUAUUUUGUUUCUUAUUUUUAUAAUAUUUAUAUAUAUUGUAGUUAGUCUACUUGAGCGGAAUACGAGCGGACGGACCGUACGAAGCGUCCUGGCCGGCAUUUUCUAAUUGAAAGAAAGACACAAGAUACAUUUAUUAUUUACGGACACCACAGACACAGACAGGUACAUUACAUUUAACACAGGAUAAAACCACACGGAAAAUAAUUUAAAAAAAGAACGCUAAGAUUAAAAAAUAUUAGAAAAAAAAACAAACUAUAAUCUUGAAAAAUAAUAAUAUAAAGUAUUUAAAAAUGCAACUGACGGCCCGAUCAUCUGCGGAGGCAUCCGGUAUAAAAGGACCGGACCGGAGGAUGGAAGGAAAGGAGGAGGAAACCUUUGGAGAAGUUGGUGAAAGGUUUUCUUGCGAUGGAUGUACAGUCCUAGCCCAAUAGGGAAUACAGUCGUAAGCUUAUGUUAAAUACUGAUACUCCGUUCGCUCUUAUUCCGCUGAAGUGACCGCAGUUUAGUGUUGCAUAUAAUCGAAUUUGGUAGAAGAGUCAAUGCUAUUGAGCUACUUUGUUUGUAAACCAAGUAGUAUUUCUACUAAUAGUAUUCCUGUCGAUAUAUACUAGCUGAUUAAUAAGCUAUCAAUGCAACACAGUAGCUUUUAUAUUCACUAUAUUGUUAAAAGGUUCUGCCUUAGCGGCACAGCAACCGCGCCGCGGCGGCUUCGACCAAUAGACGCGGCGAAUGGUCUGUACGCAGAAAAACGUCUCGUGCGGCUAUUGGUCGAAGCCUUCGAUAUAAUUAGCGCCGCGAGCGACGCAGUUGCUGUGCCGCAAGGGGUGGACUACCAAAAUAAAUAAAGGACCCUCUUUUUGUACAACUGACAACGAUACUCGUAAUAAUAAUAUGAAGUAGGAAGUUUAUUUUUUCUUAUUAUAUUAUUGAUAUUAUAUAUUAUAUAAGCAAUAAAAAGUGGACCUUAUUUUUUUAUGAAAAAUUUUUAUGACCGUUCAUUUGCGUUUAACAAUUUCAUGUGUACCUUGUGUUGAUCUGUUAAAAAUAUCCGUUCUCUACUUAUAAUUUUAAUAUUCAGUUUUAAUUGUUAAAUAAUUAUGUAGAUCUUUAUGGCGAAUGUUUUUGAUUAUUUUAGUUAAUAUAUAAAAUUUAAUGUACUAGUAUUAGAUUCGAAUUGAAUAUGCUAAAAUUAUUAUAUAUACAUAAGUGACAAGAGUCUAUAACAAAUACUAUGAAUAAAUGUACAACCACCUUGCCUUGGAUCGCUUCUAAUAAAGUAGAUAUUUCUAUAAAUAUAUGUAUAAUCAAUAUUACAGUAAUACUCCUUACUGCUGUUGUGCUCAGUUACAGAAAAGAUAUUUGUAUGUGAAUUAUAUGUAGCUAGGUUACAAUAUAGCACUUUUAUAUUCCAAAAUUGAGUCGUUUCUGAAAACUGCAUGAUAUAAUAUACCUUUGUAUUUCUAACACUCUCAUUGUUAACUUCUUAUACAAUUAAUAUAUAUAGUACGUUAAUUGCCGCAUUGAUGUUAACGUGAUAUAAAAAAUAUGUAUAUAUAAUGCCAUAGUAACGUAAAGAAAGAUGUAAAUCGUGUAUUUUUUUAAUCAUAUCAAUCAGUUUUAUUUAAACCACUAGCGCCGAGAAUUCUUAUUUAAAUAAGGUACAACAGUUGAAGCAGAAUUUGAGAACGUGAUAUAGAAAAGAAAGAGUGCAUUGUAAUGAGUCAUUUAGUGAUUUUAUUUUCAAGAUCUUUUUUUCUUUUAAAAUGAAUACUUAAAAUGUAAAUUACUUAUCCUAUUUUUUUUUGUCAGUUUUCACCAAGCACUUGUUUAACCUUCGACGAAUAUAUUAUAUAUUCAAUACUAUAUUUUAUCGUCAAGUUAGCAUCAAUGUGGUAUUUUUUUUAAACCGUGUUCUGUACCCAAGGCCUGUACUUAUGAUCCACCUGAAGAACUCUGUUGCUCGAUGUAUAACUGAAAAUAUUAUAUAAAUAAAUAUGUAUUUCACGAUUAAAUAUAUUCGUAUGUGUAGGUA